CUCCCAGCAACUGCGCUUGCGAGAGCCGCCAGGCGCUUCUCCCGUCACGGUCAUCCUUUCUGUACACCCCUUCAAACAAUGUUAUCUAUAUUCCACACGGCCAAAAACCAUCCGCUGACGGCUGAACUCCAGGCUUUUUAUUGAUUCCACCAUCUACAGUUUUGCCAUGGCGACGGUAGUGAUGGAGCAGAUCGGCCGCCUGUUCAUCAACGCGCAGCAGCUGCGUCAGAUCCCUCAGCUGCUGGAGUCGGCCUUCCCCACGCUGCCGUGCACCGUGAAGGUAUCCGACGUUCCCUGGGUGUUCCGCGAGCGCCACAUCCUCACCGGCUACCGGCAGCCGGACCAGAGCUGGCGCUACUACUUCUUCACCCUCUUCCAACGGCACAACGAGUCCCUCAACGUGUGGACCCACAUGCUGGCCGCCCUCAUCAUCUUGGUGAAGUGGCAGGAGAUCUCGGUGACGGUGGACUUUUUGCGAGACCCUCACGCUCAGCCCCUCUUCAUCAUCCUCCUGUCGUCCUUCACCUACCUCUCCUUCAGCGCCCUCGCUCAUCUGCUCUCCGCCAAGUCCGAGCUCUCCUACUACAGCUUCUACUUCCUCGACUAUGUGGGGGUGGCCAUCUACCAGUACGGCAGCGCCCUGGCGCACUACUACUACGCCAUAGAGAAGGAGUGGCACACCAGGGUGCAAGGAGUCUUUUUGCCCGCCGCGGCCUUUUUGGCCUGGCUCACCUGCUUCGGCUGCUGCUACGGCAAAUACGCGAGAGCCGAGCUGCCCAAGUUCGCCAUCAAGCUCUGCCAAGUGGUGCCGUCAGCCCUGGCUUACUGUUUAGACAUAAGCCCCGUGGUUCACCGUAUCUACACCUGCUACCAGGAGGGCUGCUCCGACCCCGUGGUGGCGUACCAUUUCUACCACGUGGUCUUUUUCCUGAUCAGCGCCUACUUCUUCUGCUGCCCUCACCCGGAGAGCUUGUUCCCGGGGAUGUGUGACUUCAUCGGGCAGGGCCACCAGAUCUUUCACAUAUUCGUGGUGGUGUGCACCCUGAUGCAGAUCGAAGCGCUGAAAACGGACUUCACGGAGCGCCGCUCCUUCUACGAGGGCCUACACGGCCACCUGGCGCACGACGCCGUGGCGCUCUUUAUCUUCACGGCCUGCUGCUGCGCUCUCACCGCUUUUUACGUGCGCAAUCGCGUCCGUGCCUCGCUGCACGAGAAGGAGGAGUAAGAGUUUAAAAGAAGGGGAAAAAAGAAAAGAAGAACCGAUAUAUUUGACCCUAAGUGGACAUUCAUUAAAAUAACUCGUUUCUGUCAAUGAAAGUUAUGAAUUUAUGAGAGUGAUUUUUCAUUAUUUCUUCCGUAUGUGAUCUGCCAAACUCCAGUGAGCUAACAAAAUAUGUAAAAGUAAUUAAUGGUGUGGUUUUGUGACUUGCAAUGAAGAAAAGGGAUUCUUAUAGUUUGUCUUUAGCAACACAGGUAGUACUUCAACGCGGCAAAGAUUCCCUUCAUGUCAACUCUUUAGAAGUCUGUUUUUAGUCAUUGUCUCAAAGAAUGUGGUUCUGCUUCACAGUACAAAAAUACACUUUCUGUCAAGGGGAGCAGAAAAAUAAAAGUUUCUUAAUAAGCUUUUUACCCAAAUGUUUUUACAACAAUCUGACUGUCGUAAUCGAAUUUUAGCAUUUCAAAUCUUUUACAAUUUACAGUCCCAUAACUCUUUGUAUAUUUCACCCAGAUGGCAGUUCAGAUCCAACUUCUGGCACCUUUUUAAUUCUGACCCUCUAUUUAAGGAUUGUUCUCCCUUUUUUAUCAUCAAGGCAGUAACACUUCUGUUUGAACAUAUUAGGGGGAAGUUGAAAACACAAUUUAAGAACCAGAUAUUUUAACUAUAUUUAAAAAGAAAAAGAAGGAUAUAUUUCAUUCUUUUGGUGAUAAGAUUCUGUUGAACUUUGUUGCAAAUGAGGCUGGCACUCAGUAUUGGUAAAGAGAAAAUGGAAGAUACUGAUGUUUUGACGGUGUUAAUCUUUUUUAUUCCAAAGGGCUGAAACUUCAGCUUUUGCCUUUUCACUUCCCAUGAUGUCAAAGCUUUGGCGCUCAUUGUCUUUUCGUUGUUGUUCGGUUUUGACACCCAAAAGCCACCUGGCUGGUGUUCUGCUUUCGGUAUGUAUUUUGUUUUGUAUGAUGAAUUUGUUGUGCCUCUAUGCAUGUCUUUUGGUAUAUAGUCUGGAUAUUAAGUUUGUGAAUGUCUAUGAAAGCUUAGCCUUCUUUCUUACCCUGUAAAUAAGCUGUAUUUCUCUAGAACGUCCUUUUUAUCCCAUUUCUCCACCUAAUGGCACUCAGAACUGAAUGCAUCUUCCCUGGCCUGGAAUACACAACAUUCCUGCUUUGAUGCUGAUCUGUUCAGAGAGGGUUGUGUUCAGUGCCCAGCUACCUAUCGGUCUUCAAAUGACUGAAUACACCAUUUCAUACUGCUGCACUGUUACAUUGACGAGCCCUGGUGUUUCUUCUUUUUUUUUAAUCUCUUAGUUUCACGGCUUUUGUUAUGAAAGUGUCACACAGCUACGGCUCGCUGAGGUUUUUACCUCACAGAAGUCUUUAAAUGUGAGGAAAUGGUCGAUAUCCCUUAGUUGGUGGUGAUGGUGUUUAAUGUGCCAAUGAAUCUGUUAUUGCUUCAGUGAAGGUACUAAGAGAGAUGAAUUCAGAGACGGACUGUCAGAAGUUGAUGUAAUUGAUGUCUUGACAUGACUGCGAACACUUUAACCUUAACGCCCCUAAAAAGGACAUUUUUUCACUAUGGCGUUACUGACCUGGUCUCAUCGUGCACUGCCUGAAAUGAACACUGUACAUACUGUAGCUGACAGCACUGGCUAUGUUUACAUGCAUGGAGGCAUCCGCUGCCAAUGCGGUUAUUCUGGUUUUGUGGGGACUCUUGCAAAUGUCAUCAGUAUAACCUGGAGGAACCUGUUCCAGACAUCUGCCUAUAGUUGUAAUUGGUUGGCAACAAAAAUUGAGGCUGAGGCUGAUCGGCCGGAAGUCUCCCACGAGCAAUGCGGUGUAACAUGAGUCUAUUGUCCCGACCAGCAAAAGAACCAAAAAUCUCACUACGGGUUCAUUUCAGUUUUCUUUGCUAAAUGAAAUGUUUGUUUCAACAUGAUACUCUGCCACAGAUUAUCUAGUUUGAAUGCCAAUUAAACCUGAUUAGGAAGUGAAAUUGUGUGUAAACGUAGCCUCUGAUGCCACACAAGGUUUCCCUUUUAUGAAAGCAGGGUGAGAGGGACCAGAAUGUCUUCUGCCUCUGAAAUAAAAGUGCGACUGACUGUACUAAUAUUCUGUUGUAUUUAAGAAAAUAAAGUGUUUCAGUAACUUCCAA